AUGGUAGCAUUCGCUCUCAAGGACCCCAAAACACGGGAGCUAACAGGUGGAGAUCUCCUGGCACAAUCACUCAAACAUGCCGGCGUCGAAGUUACCUUUGGACUUCAUGGCGGUCACCUCGACGCUUUUCUCAUGGGCUGUGAGUUCGCAGGUAUUCGCCUCGUUGACACACGCCAUGAGACGGUAGCUGUCCAGGCUGCUGAGUCUCACGCGAAAUUCACGAAGAAUAUUGGUGUCUGUUUCGUGACUGCUAAUAGCGGGUUUUCGAAUGGCCUCCCUGGUCUCGCGACAGCGUUGGCAGAUCGAUCCCCUAUUCUCUGCAUCACCUCGUCCCUGCCGCUACGGGAUGCGGAGAGCAAUUCUCCACAGGGUAUUAUUGACCAGAUCGUUGUGUCAAAGCCGCUGACCAAGUUUGCCUAUCGAAUGACCAACCCGGAAGACACACCCAGGAUUAUUUCACAUGCUAUCCGUGUUGCGAUGUCUGGCGCUCCAGGUCCUGUUCUUGUUGAUUUUCCUAUCGACGUGUUCUUCUCACCUGUGUGUCAACAAUUGAUAUCAUGGGGAUCUAUUUCUUCACCAUUAUCUUUUGCUCCCGGCCCGCAUACCGGCGCUGUGGAGGAAGCAGCUAGGCUUAUCGGUUCCGCAAAGCGGCCCGCGAUUAUUAUUGGUGCGGGAGGGAAUUCAUCGCAAGAGGCUGGAGAACAACUGACCAAACUCUCCCAAGCGUGUGGCAUACCCAUCUUCGACACAACAAAAUGCAUGAUGUCUACCAUCCCCCCACAAUUCGAACUUUACGGCGGACCAGCGGGGAAACUCGCCAUUCUUCCCAUGAUGGGAAAACAGCGGCCAGACCUCAUCAUGCUUUUGGGCGGGAGAACGGGUAUGUAUCUCGGCGGUCGCUCUGGGACAAUAAUCCCCAAAGAAAAUUGCAAACUGAUUCACGUUGACGUUGAUGGGGCGGAAAUCGGACGCACACUCCCAGUCGACCUAGGUGCUGUAUCUGACGUGGCACAUGCGCUGUCGAUAAAACAACUUCCCACACCGUUCGAGCAGCAGCCGGAAGUCAAUCCGUCAUCGAAGAGACUACACCCCUACCACGCCCUCAAACACAUCUUCUCGGCCAUCGAGCACGGAAGCAUCAUAAUCCUCGAUGGUGGCGAAGCGGCCCUCUGGGCCGGGGAGGUUCUAUCCCUCUGCUCACCUAGCGCAGUGAUCAAGUCAACUGGGAACUUAGGGUUCCUCGGCAACGGCUUCGGAUACGCAUUGGGAGCAGCCAUCGCGGCGCCGGACCGCAAGGUGAUUAAUCUCCACGGUGACGGUUCCGCAGGAUUCCAUUUUAUGGAACUCGAUACUUAUAAGCGGUUUGAUCUUGAUAUCGUGACUAUCGUCGUGAACAAUUACUGCUGGGGUAUGAGCUCGAAUGGGCAGGAGUUGGUGUAUGGGGAGGAGAAUUCGGCACGACCUAUCAGUUCGCUCAGCCCUUUGCUGGAAUAUGACGUUGUUGCGAAGGGGAUGGAGAAUGCGAGCGCGAAGUUGGAGAAGAUUGAGGAUAUUGAGGGUGUGAUUAGGAAGAUGCGGGAGGUGAAGGGGCCUCGUUGUAUCAAUUUGAUUGUUGAUGAUAAGCCGAUUCAUCCACUUACAGCUGCGAUGGUUGGGAAGACGAACGAUCCGAAUUUAGUCGUGGUACCGUACUAUGAAAAUAUGCGCAGAUUUACAAACUCUCAGAUGGAGGCGUGUGGAGGCCGCGUGCUCCCCUGGGUGUUCUCAUCCAACAAUUCCUCGUUCAUCAAUUGA